CAAAGACUGCAUGCAGCACAAAAAAAGGAAGAACUGGUGACUGUCACCCGCCACGGGAACUCCGGGCUUUGCUUUAACCUGAAACUUUAGGAUAAUCUUUUCGUAAUCUGCAUAGAUAUCCUGAAAUGGGAAACGCAAAUAUUCGUGGGAGAAAGGAUGCCAGUCAGCUCCUAUUUUUAUUCACAAUUUAUUUACUUAAUUGUCUAACCUCAGGACUGCUACGUUACUCGGUGCCGGAGGAAACAGAACGCGGAUCUUUUGUUGGACAUCUUGCAGCAGAUGUGGGCAUCGAUCCUAAAGACGUAGCAGCUCGCCGCCUCCGGCUCACCUCAUCAGCCAAGAGCCACUUCUUUAAAUUUAAUUCGGAGACUGGGGAUCUAUACAUAAAGGAGACAAUAGACCGGGAACAGUUAUGUGGUAAAUUACCUUUGUGUCUUCUGACGUUUGAGGCUCUUGCUGAAAAUCCUUUGAAUGUAUUUACUGGGGAAGUUGAGGUUCAGGACAUUAAUGACAAUUCCCCAGUUUUCCUGAUCGACGUGAUUAAACUGACAGUCAUUGAAUCAGUUUCUCCUGGUGCCCGCUUUCCUUUAGGUCACGCGGAGGAUCCUGACAUUGGAACAAACUCACUUAUUGAUUAUGAGCUUAACCCUACGGAGUACUUCACUCUGAAUGUAAUGAACAGGGAGGGCAACCAAUACAUAGAAAUUGUUCUAAAUAACACACUGGAUCACGAAAAACACAGCGAUCAUUAUCUCGUUCUGACAGCAAAAGAUAAUGGGGACCCUAAACGAACCUGUACUGCACAGAUACAGGUAAGCGUUCUGGACAUUAAUGAUAAUGUACCUGUGUUCAGCCAGGCAAUCUAUAGGGCAAGCCUGAAGGAAGGUAUGCCAGAAGGUACAGCAAUAAUUACAGUAUCUGCUACUGAUGGCGAUGGAGGAUCAAAUGGAGAAGUAAGUUAUACCUACAGUAAAAUAACUGACACUGCACAUUCUCUGUUUAAACUGAAUCCCAUCACUGGAGAAAUAGUCACUGUUGGGGAUGUAGACUUUGAAGAAGUGCAAAGGUUUGAGAUAACUGUAGGGGCUAAAGAUGGCGGUGGACUGACUGCCCACUGUAAGGUAUUUGUUGACAUUCUUGACCAGAAUGAUAACGCUCCCGAAAUAAUAAUUAACUCCAUCUCUAAUGAUAUUUCUGAAGAUUCAUUACCUGGUACAGUUAUUGCUUUCAUAAAUAUUGUUGACCGGGAUUCCAAUGAGAAUGGUGAAACCGUUUUCCAGCUAGAAGAACGUACGCCAUUUAAGCUAACACCUUCUUUCAGGAAUUACUACACACUGGAGUUAAAUGGAUCACUUGAUCGUGAAGAGUUUCCUGAAUACAAUAUUACAGUCAUAGCUGUUGAUAAAGGCUUUCCGCCUCUUUCUACCGCCAAGACUAUCUGCCUCAAGAUUUCAGAUAUAAAUGACAACCCACCUCUAUUUUCUAAACCAGUAUACAAUGUGUAUGUAGCUGAAAAUAACCCGCUUGGAUAUUUAAUUUAUACUGUGGAAGCAAGAGAUGCUGACUGCAGUAAGAAUGCUCAAAUUACUUAUUCUGUUGCUCCCAGCUUUGUAGGAAACUCUUUACUCUCCGAGUGUGUCUCCAUCAACCCAGAUAAUGGUAACAUUUAUGCUCUGCGUUCCUUCGAUUACGAAGACUUAAGAGGCUUUCAAAUCCUAGUUCGGGCCGUAGACGGUGGUUCACCAUCAUUAAGUUCCAACGUUACUGUGAAUGUUUUCAUUCAAGAUGAGAAUGACAAUAUUCCUAAAAUUUUAUACCCAAUGCCAAGUGAUGAAACUUCUGCAGGCAUUGAGAUAGUGCCUCUUCUAGCGGAUGAAAAUUAUCUUGUGACUAAGGUGGUGGCAGUGGAUGCUGAUUCUGGACAGAAUGCUUGGCUUUCUUAUCAGUUGUUGAAAACUACAAAUAAUCUUUUCACUGUAGGAUAUCAUACUGGCGAAAUUAGGACAUCCCGCCCAGUUCUUGCUAAGGAACCAAUGAAAGAGACGGUUUUCAUUCUAGUUAAGGAUAAUGGACAGCCAUCACAUUCUUCCACCGCUAGUGUCACUAUAUUUAUAGCAGACAGCUUCUCUGACCCCCUUUUGGAUGCUAUCAGCCCAUCCGAACACAAGGACAGAGACUCGAAUCUGACUUUGUAUUUGCUGAUCUCUGUAAUAUCUGUGUCUGCUUUAUUUCUUUGUUUCAUUGUAGCUAUCUUUAUCAUUAGAUUUUAUAGAUGGAGGCAGUCCUCAAUGCCCCAAUCAUUUGUGGAUUACAAAUUUGGACAUCCUUCAGACUAUGGGGAAGAAGACCCUAUGAGAUAUAGGCAGCCUCCUUCUUUACAAGAAGUUUACUUAACUUCUGAUUCUAGGAAGAAUGAGUUUCAGUUAAUAAAGCAUUACUGCCUUGAUGCAAUGGGAGGUAGAAAUACUGACACUCAUAGAUCAGACGUCUAUCUAGAAGAUAAUUUUAAUUAUGGAGGGAUUGCUGUGUCACAGGUGAGAGAUUGUAUGAAAUGAUUAUUCUCUCCAUUAACUGGUUGCAUUUUAUUGUGUUAGUAUUAAAAUGACUUUAAGUAAGUAUUAUUUUAGGUCACAUUUAAUUGUUUAUCUAAAAAAAACAAUUUGAUCAUGCUUUAUAAUGUAAUUUAUGGUGCUGAUGUCAUAAGAAACUAUCCAGAUAGUUUAAGAUAGGUUGUGAGACAUUUGGUGCAAUUGUAUUUAUACAGAAGUAAAGAUAAGGCAACAAUAUAUUGGGUCUUUAAUGUAACAUGAACAAGAGACUAAAAAUUGAUACUAGUAUUGCAAUUGCUGUGUCAUCCAUUUUCUGUCUUGGAGACAAAUCAACUCUUGAGCAAAGUAAAUUAAUCAUCUUCUUUUAUCUUUCAGUUUACAUUUCAUCAUAUGGAUUUGUAUUUCUUUUCACAUUGACAGAUAUCCAAAAGACUGCAUUUAUAUUUAUUCAAUCAUGGACAUAGCAAAUGAGGAGGCUGAUCCAGUUGGAUACAUUUUAGCCAUGAUUUAUUAAGUAUACUAACAUUAAGUGCAAAGUCAUACAAGCUAAGACAUAGAGUGAAAAUGAUGUGUUAGCAUUUAGUUCAACAAAAAAAAGUUAGGUCUUUUGAUGGCAUUUUUCAGAGAGGUUGGGCAGAUUGUACCUUUAAUAUGAGAAAAAUCUCACAGAUUUGGAAAUUUAAAGGUGAUGGAUUAUGUGAGAACAGAGGGCACAGACAGGAGAACGGGAGCACCAGGGCUUCCGAAUAGUUAAAGGAUAAUAUAUAACCUGGUGAAUUGUUAUAUAUGAUGAAGUGUCUAAUUACUAAGUAAGAAAUGUGCUUUCGUGUGCUAGAAGAAUUCUAAUGUGGUAUGUUGGGGAUGUCUUUACUCAGUGUUUGGAAUGGAAAUAUGGUCAACCAAAGUUUCUUAACUGAAUUAGAGUUAUAAAGAGAAUGGAAAUAAGCUAACAUACAUGAACUAUGUAAUUUUGUACAAUCUGAGCUUAAAAUUAAAGAUACAAUGAAAAGGUG